CGCGUCAGAUCCGGUUGCGGAAGGAUGAAUGUAAGUGUCAAAGAUGGCGGCGGAGGGAGGAGGGAAGGAGAUGAACGAAAUCAAGAGUCAGUUCAGCACGCGAGAAGGCGCAUAUAAACUCCUCACGCACUCAGAGUACAGCAGACCCAACCGAGUGCCCUUCAACUCUCAGGGAUCGAACCCCGUCAGAGUCUCGUUCGUCAACGUCAACGAUCAGUCCGGGAACGGCGAGCGCAUCUGCUUCAAUGUGGGCCGGGAGCUCUACUUCUACAUCUAUAAAGGCGUCAGGAAGGCUGCUGAUCUGAGUAAGCCCAUAGACAAGCGGAUCUACAAGGGAACGCAGCCCACGUGCCACGACUUCAAUCACCUGACGGCGACGGCGGAGAGCGUGUCUCUGCUGGUGGGCUUCUCCGCUGGACAGGUGCAGCUCAUCGACCCCAUCAAGAAGGAGACCAGCAAACUCUUCAAUGAAGAAAGACUCAUAGAUAAAUCCCGGGUCACGUGUGUGAAGUGGGUCCCGGGCUCCGAGAGCCUGUUCCUCGUGGCUCACUCCAGCGGGAGCAUGUACCUGUAUAACGUGGAGCACACCUGCGGCACCACGGCGCCUCACUACCAGCUGCUGAAGCAGGGCGAGAACUACAGCGUUCACACCUGCAAGAGCAAGUCCACGCGCAACCCUCUGCUCAAGUGGACGGUGGGCGAGGGCGCGCUCAACGAGUUCUCCUUCUCUCCCGACGGGAAGUUCCUGGCCUGCGUGAGUCAGGACGGUUUCCUGCGGGUCUUCAACUUCGACGCGGUGGAGCUGCACGGCACCAUGAAGAGCUACUUCGGAGGCCUGCUGUGCGUCUGCUGGAGCCCUGACGGGAAGUACAUCGUGGCCGGCGGCGAGGACGACCUGGUGACCGUCUGGUGCUUCUCAGACUGCCGGGUGAUCGCCCGCGGACACGGACACAAGUCCUGGGUGAGCGUGGUGGCGUUUGACCACUACACCACCAGCGUGGAGGAGAGCGAGCCCAUGGAGUUCAGCGGCAGCGACGAGGACUUCCAGGAUCAAAUCCACUUCGGCCGAGACCGGGCCAACAGCACACAGUCACGUCUGUCCAAGCGCAACUCCACGGACAGCCGACCGGUCAGCGUGACCUACCGCUUCGGCUCGGUGGGGCAGGACACUCAGCUGUGCCUGUGGGACCUGACGGAGGACAUCCUGUUCCCACACCUCCCUCUGUCCCGGACGCGGACGCACACUAAUGUGAUGAACGCCAGCAGCAGUGAUGGCUCCAGCUCACUCCCCGCUCCGCUGCCGCGCUCCAACAGCCUCCCGCACUCCGCCGCUAACAGCAAGAGCGCCGCCUCGGACAACCCCAUCGCCGCCGGAGUCAGCAAGUUCGCCACGCUCUCGCUGCACGACCGCAAGGAGCGGCACCCCGACAAAGACCACAAGCGCAACCACAGCAUGGGCCACAUCAGCAGCAAGAGCAGCGACAAGCUCAACCUGCUGACCAAAACCAAAACAGACCCCGCCAAGACUCUGGGCACGCCGCUGUGUCCGCGCAUGCAGGACGUGCCGCUGCUCGAGCCGCUCAUCUGUAAAAAGAUCGCACACGAGAGACUCACCGUGCUCAUCUUUCUAGAGGACUGUUUAGUGACCGCGUGUCAGGAGGGGUUUAUCUGCACGUGGGCGAGACCCGGCAAAGUGGGUUUGUUGUCCUCCCAGAACCAAGCCAGUUCUCCCAGUGGAACAGUAGUAUAGCCUCUCUUUCUGCUGCUAUGAGAUCCGCAUCCGUCUCCACUCAGAACUCCCAGUUUUCCUGCUUUCUGUCGUUCCGGAGGCUCGUGGAGAGACUGUACCGCGGGGCUCCUUCCAUUUCUUCUGUUCUCAGAGUAUUUAUUUAAUUGUUUUCUUGCUUUCACUCUCAGAUGCAUCUCACUGUUAUUUGUGGUCCUGUGUACUUCAAGCUUCCCGAGGUGUGUGAGAUCAUCCUGUCGUGUAACGCAGUGGGUUUGAACUCCGUCAGGAGACUCGCUUCAGCACAGAUCCUUUCACCCUCCUUCUUCAGGAACAGAUUUCAUCCCCGCUGUUGAAACUUUGCACUGAUUUUAUUUUGGUUGUUGUUUUUCUGGUCACUACCAUAAAGGAUCAAAAAAGACGAAAGGAAGCGAGAGAUGUUUGGGGAAGGCCUCGAUGCACUUGGCUUUAAUAUCCUCUGUCUUGAAAUCUGAAUCUGAAAAGCUGGAUGCUGCAAUCAUAGUUUUUUAAAGAAAAUUUCUUUGCACUUAAUAGUUUAUUAGAAGAGAAUGGCUUUACAUUUUUGUGUGCGAGGACUCACAGACUGGUAUAAUGUGGAGAAUUAUGAUUAAAACUUUGUAUCUAUGAGCAUUUAUUUUAAUAUUGUUUCAGAUAAAGAUCUGCUUUGUAUUAUAUGUAUAAUAUUGUAAUUCAGUGAUUUAUCGGGGAGAAAGCAAAUGAUCAGUAACUCUAGUGAACGUUUGUCAUCAUUACAGGAAAUAGUGACAUUUCUAAAGCAGACGAAUAGACUUAAUAAUAUUAAAAUAAAUCUUAAAUAUGCAGGUUUCUGUUUGUUUAGAUUGGUUUUACUGUCACCCAGAUGUAUUUUGAUCUUGUGUAAGAGAGUGGCUGGUCUCUGGUCACAGAUUCACACACGUCACAUGACUCUGACGCUCAGGAAGUCUAACAGACGCAGAGGAAACAAACCGCACGAAAGAGUUCAUACUUUGCUUAUGUACUACUAAAAAAGCCACUCGGUCGAUCGCUAGAAUCUCAGUGUGACACUAUUAAAUGUUUAACGUACCCUUUUUUUGUGACUACCAAUCACUGUUGAUGAAACACACUAACUGAGAAAGACCAGGAUGUGCAAGUGCUCAUAUUUUUUAUUCUUGUUAACAUUUUGCAUUUCACAUUUUGUUCUUCAUUAAAAAAAGUCUAUAUA